AUGAUGUUGGCAGACGAUAACUGUUCCUACAAAACGCUGGAACAUGCUCCACAAACAACACUGUACCUUCGGCUUCCAUUUUUUCUUCUGUUCUUCUUCCACUCCAGUUUGAUUUUGUGUACAAGCCUCACCUAUUACGUGGAAGAGGGUAAAAGUCCUGGCACCUACCUGGGAGAUAUUUCAGCCGAUUUUCACCUGAUGGAAAAGAUAGCCAAUCGAAACAAAAGCUUAGUCAGAUUCAACCAGUUAAAGCAAAGUAUAACUGACCUGCCGCGACUUUUUCGCGUAUCUGAGAAAACAGGUAAAUUAUACACGGCGAAGACACUAGACGCCGAAACUCUGUGUACCCGGAACUCUGUCUGCCUUAUAGUAAUGGACGUGGCCGUUCACUGGGCAGAGUCCUUUAUUGAGAUAUUAGAAGUUAAGAUCAUAGUUGAAGAUGUUAAUGACCAUCGGCCGGUGUUUCCCAAGAAGCAAAUACACAUUGAGUUUUCGGAGGACGUCGCGAGCGGAACAAAGAUAGCAAUCCCAAAUGCUGUCGACAAAGAUGUGAGCUUAUUAAAUUCACAUAUUACAUAUCAGAUGAAAAAGAAGCGAGACGAACCGUUUGCGUUGUCUGUAUCGAAACGUGUCGAUGGAACGGCUGAUCUUGCUGUUUGUGUUGAAGGGAAACUUGACCGGGAGUCAAAAGACUGGUACGUCCUGGAAUUAUUUGCCAAAGAUGGAGGAACGCCGCCCAGACAGAGCAUUUUGGAAGUAAAAGUAUCAGUCAAAGAUGUAAAUGAUAAUGCCCCUGUUUUUACGCAUGAAGUUUACAAUAUUUCAAUAAACAGGGAAAAGGAUCAAUACAGUGUCAAUCCUAUUGUCACGCUGUCUGCCAAAGAUUUAGAUUCUGGCCAAACAGAAAAAAUAUCGUUUCAUUUCAGUCCGCAGACGACAGAAACGACCAGAUCGCACUUCGAGCUUAAUGAAGUAACUGGAGAGAUCUUCUUGCGAAACGAAUUUCCCCAGGGUCAAACAUUGACCUAUAAACUGUAUAUUGAAGCCAGGGAUGGGGGUGAACCAUCGUUAAGUUCUGUCGCCGUAGUUCUGGUUAAUGUGGUCAGUGAACGAAAUAACAAACCAACAAUUGAAAUGAACAUUGUCUCUGCUUCGGGAAACAACAUAGUGGUCAUUUCAGAAGAUAUUGAGGUUGGGAGCUUCAUUGCUUAUGUGAAGGUCAUUGACAAUGAUGCAGGACCUAAUGGGGAAGUAACGUGUGAUUUGAAUCAUGAAAAGUUUCAAUUGCUGGGUCUGAGACCGAAGACAUAUCAAGUCAUUAUCAAGGAACAUGUAGACAGGGAGACACAAAGCAAUGAUGAAGUGGAAAUCAAGUGCCAGGAUCGAGGAAGCCCACCUCUUUAUGCUAGAAGCAAAUUACUCAUUCACGUGAUGGACGUUAAUGACGUCAAACCCCAAUUUUCUAAAAAUGACUACUCAUUCCAUAUCAAAGAAAACCAGGAGCCUAAAACUUUUCUCGGAGUAAUCAACGUAACAGAUCCAGACCUUGGAGCUGGUGGCACAGUGACCUAUUUUUUGCAGUCACCCAACAAAGAACUGUUGCCGUUCCAUAUCUCAAAGACAGGGAUAGUUACGACGAUCGCGUCGCUUGACCACGAAAUGCAAAAUCGCUUUGAGUUCAGGAUUGUCGCGAAAGACAACGGCAUGCCGUCGCUGAAUAAUUCCGUUUGUGUGGUCGUUGAUGUCUUGGAUGAGAAUGACAACGCCCCACAUUUUACCUUCCCAAAGAUUAACCCUUUCACAAUGGAAGUCCACUACCCACAACUGAGCUCACACAACAUUACUCAACUCAGGGCUUCCGACAGCGACAGUCGGGAAAAUGCGUUUUUAAAAUUUGAAAUCAUCACAGGCAACGAGAAGCAGUUGUUGGCCAUCAAUCAGUAUACCGGCCUUUUGUACUUCAAUCGCGCAGUGACACAACAAGAUGCGGGCUUCUAUGAUUUACAACUACUCGUUCGAGACAGCGGUAGCCCGUCUCUUUCGACAAACACGGCGCUGUCGCUAAUCUUAAAGGUCAGCAACAAAACCUUUGAAACAUUGGACAAGGCUCGCGACGUAGUUAAACCUGACGAUAAGAUUCAUGUUUACUUUCUGGUGCUUUUUGUCUUGAUAGCUGUUGCUGUGUCUAUGAUCAUAACGUCAUCCGUGUCUGUGUGCAUCAUCAGAUUCAAUAAUCAAAGAAGAAAUACCGUGCCACGUAUGGAGGAAGAGUUGAAUGCGGUUGACACCGGAGUCACCGAGCUAGGCCAUUUUGUGUGUCACUCGUGUCCCGGAACUUCAUGGAUGGACGGUUCGGUGACCAUAAUGCCAGACAAAGAAUUUAGCGAAAAUACACGCAGGCUAGGAUCGAGGAGAAGUGUCCGGAGUGGUGGAGAACCAUGCGGCGAACCAAAGACUUCAACUCUGGUGAUGAAGUUACAGACAGCAACUGACGUUAUUUAUCAAGAAAUUGGAAAACUGUCAGCUGGAGAAGAGAGUGAACAAAAACCAUUCAUGACUCCUGAAUUUAACUCAAACUAUUACUCUGUCUUCUUCAUUCUCCCUCAAAAUUUUAUAUUCUUAAUGUUAUGGUCCAGUCAUAUUUUUUCUUUCUUUUCAUUCUUCUUUCACUUUUUCAUUCUUUAUUUUUCUUCAAUACUAUUUCUUCAUUCCAGUUCUUCAUUGUCUUUUCUUUCUUUGAUUUAUUCUUUCUUUUUAUUGUUCCUCUUUAUGUUCUAUUUCUCCUUUCAUUCUAAUUUCUGCACCAAUUUUCUUCUUUUUUUUUUUUUUAAAUGUAUUUCUAUAAGUGGACUUUAA